UUGCCAUUUAUGAUUUACCUUUUGCAACAUAUUCAGGAUCUGCAGUGAUUACUUAAUCCAAUUACCCAAACUAUAAUAACGCCUUCUCGCCUUCCUUGAGAAAAAAAAAAAGGGAAAAAAAAAGAAGAAAAGAAAAGAAAAAGAAAAAGAAAGAAGAAUUAUUAUAUAUUUCUCCUUUUAUUUUAUUUUAUUUACAAUCCAAAUUUCGCCCUCAUAACAAAACAGCAGAAGUGAAUAUUAUUUUUUCCAGUUUGCUUGGCUCUGAGCCUCGGACUCGGAUUCAUUAAUCACUCUUCCGGAGCCCAAAAUCAAUAAAUCAUAUCCAAUUUCGCAUUAGGGUUUUCAAAUAUAGUUUUUCAUUUGUUUUACUCUCAGAAAUUAAAAUUGCAGAUCCCAAUCUUGUUUUGCUGGUAGGCUGUUAGAUGCUGAGUGAUUGAAAUGUCGGAAGCUGAUUCGGAUUCAGGUUCCAAUAACGGGCACGACCAUGCACCAAAUGGGGAUUCUGAAUCUACCACUUCGGUUGCAAUUAAUCAGCAGGGUGGUGCCAAUGAUGGGGAAGAUGGAAUGUUUGUUGAUUGCUCUGAUGAGCUUAUCACAAUGGAUAGUAAGCCAAGUGAUAAUAGCAACGAAGAAGGCGCUGCUGGGGACAAUGAUAACGGAGAAGAGGUGAAUCAAGUUGUGCAUCAAGAGGGUCAUUUUGGUGAGUUGGGCUCGGCAGGUGAGGUGGAGCAGCUGCGUCGUUCGCUGGAGCUGCAGCAGGAAGAAAGAGAAGCCAUUGCACAGGGGGUGAUUGAUCUUCAUUUGCAGCUGAAGGCUUUGAGUUCUCCCAAGUCAGUGCAGUAUGAAGGUGAGGAUGGAGUUCGCGAGGUGGUGGAUGUUCCAUUGAAGGAGAUGAUAAAAGAAUCUUUGGAGUUAGUGAAAACUGCUUCGGAGGAUUGGCCCAAAGUUUCCAACGAUAGUUUGCAAGUUUCAACAGAAGCUCAGCUUGAGAAGGAUCAUAAUAUUGAGAUUGCAUUGGAUAAGAUGAUAUCCUCUCUUGGAGCAGUUAUUGAUCCGUGGCAAUUAUCAGAUCAUUCUGUAAGUGGGAAAAUAGUUUAUAUCGAGGAAGGAACUACACUUUUGAUUGAGAAGUACAAUCAGAUUCUUUCUGAAAUUUAUCAACUCGGGCAAUCUUUCUCUGAGGUUGGCUUAGAGCAAGAACAUGGGAACAUACUUCUUGAUGCACGUGGUGGGUUACUGCAUUUCAAACGAAAGGAAUCAGAAUUUGUUGAAAAACUGGCUCAUUUAGAAGAUGAAAACCGAAAACUUGUUGAAGAGCUUGAGAAGGAAAGGGUGAUGAUAGGGGAACUAAACUCUGAACUUGGAAAUACGAAAGCAGAACUUGAGCAGGAAAAGAUUAAAUGUGCUAAUACCAAAGAGAAGCUAAGUAUGGCUGUGACGAAAGGAAAGGCAUUGGUACAGCAGCGAGACACUCUAAAGACAUCGCUGGCUGAAAAAUCCAGUGAGCUGGCUGAAAAAUCCAGUGAGCUGGCUGAAAAAUCCAGUGAGCUGGAGAAAUGUUUAACUGAGUUACAGGAGAAGUCCCUUGCACUAGAAGCUGCUGAAUUUAUUAAGGAGGAGUUGGCUCGAAGAGAUAGUGUGGUUGAAUCCCUACAGAACUCAUUACUACAAAAUAGUACCAUUUUUGAACAAGUAGAAGAAAUCUUGUCGCAUGUAGAACUUGAUCGGCAUGAAAUAUCUGAUGUGACAGAGAAAGUUAGAUGGCUCGUGGAUGACAGAAAUGUGCUUAAGGAUGCUGUUCAGGAGUUACACAAAUUGAAAGAUACUCUGUCUCUAGUGGACCUACCAGAACAUGUCUCAUCAUCUGAUUUGGGAUCUCAAAUGAAUUGGCUGAGGGAUUCUUUUCAUAUGGCUAGGGAUGAUAAUCGUGUUUUGCAGGAAGAAAUUUCUAAAAUAAAUCAAGCAUCCUCUAACCAUAUUGAUCGCUUGAGCAUUUCGCUUUUGCUGGAAUUACAGGAAAAAGAUUACCUUCAGUCAGAAUUAACUGAUUUGAGGUUCAAAUACAAGGAGCUUGUUGGCAUGAAUCAUCAUCUUUCCUUGGAGAAGGAUCAAAUGGUGAAGAUGUUGGUUGAGCUUUCUGGGGUAAACCUGGAAGAUGAAGGGAUUGAUAAAUCCCCUUCUAGCACUACUAUGAUAAUUGAUUUAUGCUUUCGCAAAUUAAAAGAACUGAAUGGUCCUGCCUCUGGCACAUCUAAUAUUGAUUCUGAGCUGUUUGAAAGGAUUCAGAGUUUCUUAUAUGUUAGGGACCAAGGUUUAAUUCUUUAUGAGGACAUACUGGAAGAAGAGAUGGUAAUUCGAUCUGAUUUGAGUAAGCUAUCGAAUGAGUUGAAAGUGGCGUCCGAGGAAAUUACAGCACUUAAAGAAGAAAGGAGCUCUCUAAUGAAAGAUCUCGAACGAUCAGAAGAGAAGUCGUCCAUGCUUAGAGAUAAGUUGUCCAUGGCAGUUAAGAAAGGAAAGGGGUUGGUUCAAGAUAGGGACAAUCUAAAAGGUCUUAUAAAUGAAAAGGACUCGGAAAUAGAGCAAUUGAGGAUUGAUUUGCAGAAGCAAGAAUCUGCAGUUUCAGAAUACAUGGAUCAGAUCAAUAGAUUGUCCAGUGAAGUGCAAAACAUCCCGAAGUUACAGGCUGAUCUUCUGGAAAUGGAAAGGGAAAGGAAUCAGUUUGAGCAGCUCUUGACAAAGAGCCAAAACAUGUUACAAAGAGUGAUGGAAUAUAUUGAUGGUAUUGCUCUUUCAGUUGAUCCAGUCUUUGAUGAACCUGUGGAAAAGGUAAAAUGGUUUGCUGGUUAUGUCAGUGAAUGCCAAGAUGCUAAAGUACAUGCAGAACAAGAGUUGCAAAUUGCAAAGGAGGAAGCCACUAUACUGGAAACCAAAUUAGCAGAAGCCCAAGAAAAUAUAAAAUCCCUUGAACGGGGAUUAUCUUCAUUAGAGGAGAGUGUUUCUCAACUUGCUGAGCAAAAGAAAGAGUUAGAACAUGAAAAAUCAAGAGUUGGGGUGGAGUUAGAGAAGUUUAAAGAAAAUGUUGCUGAUGCUUGUAGCACUACUCGGUCACUUGAAGAUGCCUUAUCGCAGGCAGAAAAAGAUAUAUCUGUUCUUUCCAGUGAAAAGGAGCAGGCUCAAGCUGGUAGAGUUGCUGCAGAGACGGAGUUAGAGAGAGUUAAAGAUGAAACAAUGCAGAAGACAGCCGAACUAGCAGAGGCCAGCAGGACCAUAAAAGAUCUGGAAGAUAAACUAUCUCAGGUUCAGACUAAUGUCAAUUUAUUGACUGAAAAAUAUAAUGCUGAUCAAGCUGUCAAGACUGAUAUGGAAAAUGAACUGAAGAAGUUGCAAGAUGAAGCUGCGAAUCAUGCUAGAAAAUUGGUAGAUGCCUCUGAUACUAUAAGAUCACUGGAAGAUGAAUUAGUAAAGGCACAAGAUAAUGUUUCUUCUUUAGAGGAUGCAAAUAAAAUGGCUAAAGAGGAGAUAUCGUCUCUUGGUUUUAAGUUAAAGUCAUGCAUGGAUGAGUUAGCUGGAAGGAGUGGCAGCUUGGAGAACAAGUCUGUAGAGCUCAUUGGAAUCAUUAGUGAUCUUCAGGUGCUUAUGAAAAACAAUAUUCUAUUUCCCAGAGUCAAACGAUGUUUUGAGAGCAAAUUUGAGACCCUGAAGAAUAUGGAUCAUGUGCUGAAUAAAAUAAGAGGUCAUAUUGUUUCCAUGGCUGCUAAGGAUCUUGAAGGACACCCUAUGAAGGAGGAAAAUCUGCAUAUGAGAGAAGAAUUACUGGAUAGCCUUGAAAAUUUUGAUGUUGAACUGGAUAACAGAGAGAUGAAUGGCGCUGAUAUUGACACCGUAGUUUCAUCAUUUUCAACAAUUGUGAAAGGAUUUCAGUUGAGAAACAAACACAUUGCAGAAAAGUUUGAUGAACUUUCUAAUUCCAUUGAUGAGUUUACUUCCCCUCUCCAUGAAAAGCUGCUGGAUACAGAAACCAAAAUAAUGACUGUUGUUGAGAACAUGCAAACUAUGAAAGAAAAAGAAAAUACUAUCGAGAAGUUACUGGAAGAAAAGGACAAUAUUAUUUCCUCUUUGGAGAAUGAUAUUGGUGUGUUGCUUUCUGCAUGCACUGAUGCUACUGGUGAACUCCAGUUUGAAGUUGACAAGAGUCUUCAGCAACUGGGCUCUAUAUCUGAGGUUGAAAAUUUAAAUCAUGAAACCGAUGAGCAAGCAGAGCAUCAUAAGGACAGAAUAUAUGCCGAAGCCUCACAAAAGUUGAAAAAUGCUUCUAGAAAAGCCCGAACUUUGAUUAGACAUUUUGAAAAUCAAAGUGAGCAUGUAGCUGUAGCCAUUGAAAAUUUGCAGAUUAAGCUGAAAGAAACAACAGCUGCUUUUGAAAGGACCCUAGAUGAAAGAGACGCAAACACUGCAAGAAUUGAAGGUUUGCAGAUUGAAUUGAAAGAAAUAAAAGAUUCUCUUGAAAGGGCCACAAAUGAAAGAGAUGCAAACGCUGCAAAAAUUGAAGCUUUAGAGAAUAAGUUGAAAGAAACAACAGCUACUUUCGAGAUGCUCAAAGAUGAAAGAGGCUUAAAAACUUCAAUUAUUGAAGAUUUGCAGAAUAAAUUGAAUGAAACAACAGCCGCAUUUGAAAACACUGCAGAAGAAAGAACCGUAAAUGCUGCGAAAAUUGGAGAUUUGCAGAAUAAAUUGAAAGAAACAACAGCUGCUUUUGAAAUGGCCAUAGAUGAAAGAGACAUAAACAGAAACAGAGUUUUGCAACUAGAGUCUGAUGUUCAAGAACUGCGAAGUUCUUGCAAUGAGCUUAGGAAUAAUUUAGAGGGUCAUCAUGCCCUAGAAGAAAAGUUAAAGGAAAAAGAGGCAGAGAUUUUAUCACUGAACAGUACUUUGUCAGCAAAAGAAAAAGUUGCAGAAAGAUCCCUUCUUUCAGCAUCCCAGGUGAGAGAUCUAUUUGACAAGGUAGAUGGUGUUGAAAUCCCUAUUUUAGAGUCUGAAGAAAAUUAUGGUGAGCUUCAUACUUCAGCCCCUGCAAAGAAGCUCUUCCACAUUGUUGAUAGCGUUACUAAGUUGCGCAAUCAAAUAGACUCCUUGUAUCAUGAUAAAGAAGAGCUUCAAUCAUCUCUCGAAACUAAGGAUCUUGAAAUUAAGAAUCUGAAGGAGGAAGUCAAACAGCUCAAUAGAAAUUGGGAAGACUCGAAAAUGGCCAAGAAUGAUUUGUCCGACAUCACCUUCGCUUUAGAAAAAGUUUUGGAUAUUUUGGGUGCUGGUGAUUGGGUUGUGGAUAGAAAAUCAACAGGUUUGAAGGAAUUAAUAUCGGCAUUAGAAAAGCAUAUCAGGGCCAUUCUUUUAGAAUCUGAAAAUUCGAGGUCGAAAGUGCAGGAACUUGGUAUUAAGUUGGUAGGAAGUCAGAAGUUUAUUGAUGAAUUAACAACUAAGGUUAAAUUACUUGAAGGUUCGCGCAAAGAUAAGACUUCUCAUCCAGAGGCUGUCCAGCAAAGGAGCUUAUUCGACGCAUCCUCAUCCUCACUAGUUGCUGGGUCUGAGAUAACCGAAGUUGAAGAAGCGGGAUUGCUAGGCAACAAUGCAUUAUUUCCAGUCUCUUCCGCUGCUAACGUGCGAAAUAUGCGAAAAGGAUCAUCUAGUGACCAUCUUGCACUUGAAAUCGGUGGGGAAUCUGAUGCUUUAAUUAAGAGCACUGAUACUGAUGAUGACAAAGGUCAUGCAUUUAGGUCGCUGAACACUUCUGGACUUGUACCAAAACAAGGAAAGCUCAUUGCUGAUCGUAUCGAUGGAUUCUGGGUAUCCGGUGGUCGGAUUCUGAUGAAUCGACCAAGAGCAAGAUUAGGACUCAUCGGAUAUCUGCUACUCUUGCAUAUAUGGCUACUGGGGACCAUCUUGUAGAACAAAGCUGUUAUCAAACCCAUCCUUGAAGGGUGCUGCAUCUGCAAAUUGUAAUAUUAAUAUUAAUAUUAUUAUCAUUAUAUAUAAAGUUGUCCCUCUUGCUUCUACAUGGAGCCUAACAUGUUUUUCUUCUAUAGUUACACCAAAUCCCCUAUUAGUUUCUCUGCAAUCACAUUUUAGGGAUUCAGAGAUUCUAGCCCCCAAUGUUUAGGUUGAUAUUUUUGGUAGCUUACAUUUUUUUCCCCCUUUCAAGUUCAACAUUGUAUUGGCCUAGAAUUGUUUCAAUAGUAAGGGAUGUGGUAGGGUGGCAAAUAGCGAAUUGAAAUUUGUUUCGCUUGUUAGUAUAAUAAAAUUGUAAAAUGAUUUUUAGUUUUUUA